AUGCUAGGAGUAUCCCGUUUCACGCAAGUGAGAGACGGGAUUCGAAGUUCUCUCCUACGUCAGCGAUCGAAGAUUAGAGACGCCUCCGCGUUUGCCAAGGAAAGUAAAAUAAGGUGGGCCAGACACGUGAUGCGCUUUAAUGACAACCGUUGGACCAGAGCCGUGAGCGACUGGGUUCCCCGCGAUAUUAAGCGCACUACAGGAAGACCGCCGACCCGAUGGUCAGAUUUCUUCACGAAGUCCUUCAAAGAAAAAUAUGAUGCUCUUCGUGUCCCACGCGAAAGGAGGAACCACUGGGCUAUUCUGGCACGCGAUCGGGACAAAUGGAAGAAUUACUGGCGCCCGCCCGACCAGUUCGAAGAUCAACGGGAGUCAAAGUGA